AUGAAUUUCCUUUUAAUUCUCGCUUUUUUCACUCUGAAUGUGGCUUUUGCCAGCUCGCGAUUGCGAUGUCAUGCUCGAUUGAAUUCAGCGGGUCCUCCGUCAUGUUCUGGAUCCAGAAACAUUGGAACUGCGCUUGGAUUGCGAUGUGCCCUGAACUUCAUGGUGUGGUACUACAACGACAAAUCCAGGAGAUGCGAAACGAUGCCGUACCUCGGAUGUGGCGAAAAUAGCAAUAGAUCCCUUUGGGACUGUCGAUUCAAUUGUUUAUAACUUCAACGUUAAAAUGAAGCUAA